UUUUGAAUGAAAACAUUACAAAAGGAAAAAUUUAAACUGGUUAAAAAUUAAAACAAAACCGUAUCUAUACAUAAAAAUGAAAUUUAAUUCAAACGGAUUUAUUUUAUCAUUGAUUAUCUUAUCGAUAUUAUUUGAUUAUGUCAAUUCUCUAAAAUGUUUUCAAUGCGACUCAACAAAAGAAAGGAAUUGCGUUUUAGAUCCAGAAAACUCUGAAGAAAUAAAAACAUGCACACAUUUAUGUGCAAUGUCAGUAGACGGACAAGUAACAUAUCGUGGCUGCUCUGGAGAAAUACCAAGGGGACAAUAUUACACAGAAUGUGGUUCAACUUUAUGUAAUUCUAAAAUUAUUCCAAACGGACGUCUAAAGUGUUUUCAAUGUGAAGGAAAAGAAUGCAUUCAAGAACAAAAUGAUAAAGCUUUGCCUUGUGUAACGUUUUUGGAAGAAGAUUUUUGUUAUACCGACAUUUUAAAUGCUACAUAUGCUCUUAGAGGUUGUAAAUCUGAUAAUAAAACCUUAUCGUCAAAUGCAGUUGAAUGUUCAAGCCGUGCAUGUAAUAAUGAAAAUGGUAUACAAAAACGGGUAUGUUCACAGUGCGAUGAUGAAAAAACAGGAUGUAAACGGUUGUUUCCUAACAAAGAUCCCUUAAAAUGUUUUAUAGAUGAAACUUUAAUAUCUAAUUGCACUGUAGAAUAUCUAUUUGGCCAUCCAAACGAAACUUGUUUUGUAUAUCACCGAUUAAAUAAAGUUGAACGAGGUUGUACAAAAUUACGCCCAGAUAUAUCAAAUGAUAAAGAACAUUUUUUAACGUGUGAUGGUGACAAAUGUAAUAAUAAAUGUUUAAAUGCAACAAAAUGUGUGGCUUGUGAUUCAUCUGAUGAUCCAAAUUGUAAAAAUAAUCCAGUAGAUACAAAAUUAAAGCUUUGUGGUCCAGAAGAAUCCUCGUGUUAUACGAAAAUAGUUAAUCCAAGUAAAGGUAUUAUUAAAAGAGAUUGUGGUGCACCAUUUGAUUUAAAUUACACAAAUCUUUGUCAAGGAGAUGGAUGUAAUAACAGAGAAAUACAAAAAUGUUAUAAUUGUUCAUCAAAAACUGAUCCAAAUUGCUCAAAAUGGGUAAACUCAAAUGGUAUUGUCAAUGAAAUUUGUGAAACAUCCAAUGACGAAUGUUUAAUUGCUAUUACCGCAGAUCAGCAUACCGUAAGGGGUUGUAAAAGUCAAAAUUUAUAUUGUAAUGAAACCGAAGUAAAUACUUGUAAAAGUUGCGCUGGACCAUUAUGCAAUUCUGGAUUAUUUCCUGACACACGUUUAAAAUGUUAUCAAUGUCGGGACAGUGACGUUUGUAAUCGUGAUCAAAGAAGCAAUGGAAUUCCAACAGCUUGUACGAAUUUUACUUCUGAUGAUGAAUGUAUCGAAUUUAUUGAUGAAAAACAAACAAACAUUAUUCGCGGCUGUAAAUCUGAUUUUAGUUUAUUUGAAAUAUGUAAAAAUCAAACGGAUAAAUGCGUUCAAUGUAAUUCUGAAGGAUGUAAUUAUCAUAAAAUUUUUGAAAAACCCAAAUUAUCUUGCUUUACUUGUGAUAGUACCCAAGCGCCAAAAGGCGCAUGUGCGUGGAAACAGAAAAACGAUACACUUACUAAAUGCAAUCAAAAUGUAUAUUUUUAUAAUCAAGAAACUUGCUUUACGCAUAUUAAAGAAAAUGGGGAAACAAUAAGAGGUUGCUCUUUAGAUUUUAAUGUUCCCAAUUUAUGUUCUACUAAAAAUAAUGAAAAUGGUUGUCAAAUUUGUCAUACCGAAGGGUGUAACUAUAUAAAUACAAUAAAUCAAUCAUGUGUACAAUGCAAAAGUAAUAUUACAGGAAUGGAGAAUUGUAAGAAGAAAGCAGAAGGACUUAAACCAACAAUUUGUAAAAAUCCUAAUCAAUAUUUCGAAAAACGUGGAUGUUUCACUAAAGCUAUUUCUAAAGACGUUGUUGAAAGAGGCUGUUCUUUUGACUUAACUGAUGUGGAUUUCGAAGAAUGUUUAAAAGCUGAUAAUAAGAACUGUAAUUACUGUGAAGGCGAUAACUGCAAUAUGUUUGAAGCACCUGAUUUUUUCGGAAGCUCAUCAAAACCCAGCAUAACUGUAUGGCUUCUUUCAUUUAUCAUAGGUGUCGCACUUCAUCUUAAUUAAUUGAUAAUUCUCCCAACAUUUUUAUACAACUAUAUAUAAUUAUAUGCGAAUUAUACAAGUAACAUGAAUGUAUCAUACAUCCAGAAUAACUACAAAAACCAAGCGAGAAAAUUAAAAUUGCAUUUUGGAUUUUAUAAAAUCAGAAACAGUGUCCUGUAGAUCUUUACUUUUUUAAGCGUAUACCUUUUUUUAA